CUGCCGUCGGGGAAGGUCCCAGCGCGGACAUGCCCUCGCGCGGCGCCCGCCGGGGCCCGAGCCGCCCGCGCCCCGCGCUGUAGGCACGCGCAGAAGCGUUACCCGACGGUGCGGACGGUAGACAGCGCGGGGGCGGCAUGGAGGCGGCGCACCUGCUCCCCACCGCCGACGUGCUGCGCGGCUUCUCGGUGACGGCCGAGGACGGCCUGAGCCCGGCGCAGGUGACGGCCGCGCGGGAGCGCUACGGCCCCAACGAGCUCCCGACAGACGAAGGGAAGUCCUUGUGGGAGCUGGUGCUGGAGCAGUUUCAGGACCUGCUGGUGCGCAUCCUGCUGCUGGCCGCCCUGGUCUCCUUCGUGCUGGCCUGGUUCGAGGAGGGCGAGGAGACCACCACAGCCUUCGUGGAGCCGCUGGUCAUCAUGCUGAUCCUCGUGGCCAAUGCCGUCGUGGGCGUGUGGCAGGAGCGCAAUGCGGAGAGCGCCAUCGAGGCGCUGAAGGAGUACGAGCCUGAGAUGGGCAAGGUGAUCCGCUCGGACCGGAGGGGCGUGCAGAGGAUCCGGGCCCGGGACAUCGUCCCCGGGGACAUCGUGGAAGUGGCAGUGGGGGACAAAGUGCCCGCUGACCUCCGGCUCCUGGAGAUUAAGUCCACCACGUUGAGAGUGGACCAGUCCAUCCUGACAGGGGAAUCUGUGUCGGUGACCAAGCAUACAGACGCGAUCCCAGACCCCAGAGCUGUGAACCAGGACAAGAAGAACAUGCUGUUUUCUGGCACCAACAUCGCAUCAGGCAAGGCCGUGGGUGUGGCGGUGGCCACCGGCCUGAACACGGAGCUGGGGAAGAUCCGGAGUCAGAUGGCGGCCGUGGAGCCAGAGCGGACGCCCCUGCAACGUAAGCUGGACGAGUUCGGGCGGCAGCUGUCCCAUGCCAUCUCUGUCAUCUGCAUAGCUGUGUGGGUCAUCAACAUCGGGCACUUUGCUGACCCGGCCCACGGCGGCUCCUGGCUCCGGGGUGCAGUCUACUACUUUAAGAUCGCCGUGGCCCUGGCUGUGGCCGCCAUCCCGGAGGGCCUCCCGGCUGUCAUCACCACCUGCCUGGCGCUGGGCACACGGCGCAUGGCCCGCAAGAACGCCAUCGUGCGUAGCCUGCCCUCCGUGGAGACGCUGGGCUGCACCUCGGUCAUCUGCUCCGACAAGACAGGCACGCUCACCACCAACCAGAUGUCCGUCUGCCGGAUGUUUGUGGUAGCAGAGGCGGAAGCCAGCUCCUGCCGUUUGCAUGAAUUCACCAUCUCUGGCACCACCUACGCCCCUGAGGGCGAAGUACGCCAGGGGGACCAGCGGGUUCGCUGCGGGCAGUUUGACGGACUGGUGGAGCUGGCAACCAUCUGUGCCUUGUGCAAUGACUCUGCGUUGGACUACAACGAGGCCAAGAAUGUGUAUGAGAAGUUGGGCGAGGCCACCGAGACGGCCCUGACCUGCCUGGUGGAAAAGAUGAAUGUGUUUGACACAAAUCUGCAGGGCCUGUCCCGGUUGGAGCGAACCAGCGCCUGCAACUCGGUCAUUAAGCAGCUGAUGCGAAAAGACUUCACGCUGGAGUUUUCCCGAGACCGGAAGUCCAUGUCGGUGUACUGCACACCCACCCGCCCUGACUCCGCAGCCAGAGGCAGCAAGAUGUUUGUGAAGGGGGCUCCGGAGAGUGUGAUCGAGCGCUGCACCUCCGUCCGCGUGGGGAGCCGCUCGGUCCCUCUGAACGCCGCCUCCAGGGAGCAGAUACUGGCCAAGAUCCGGGACUGGGGCUCGGGCUCGGACACGCUGCGCUGCCUGGCGCUGGCCACCCGGGAUACGCCCCCCAGGAAGGAGGACAUGCAGCUGGACGACAGCAGCAAGUUUGUGCAGUAUGAGGCGGACCUGACCUUUGUGGGCUGUGUGGGCAUGCUGGACCCCCCGCGGCCAGAAGUGGCCGCGUGCAUUGAACGCUGCCGCCGAGCUGGCAUCCGUGUGGUCAUGAUCACGGGGGACAACAAGGGCACGGCUGUGGCCAUCUGCCGCCGGCUGGGCAUCUUUGAGGAGACGGAGGACGUGGAGGGCAAGGCCUACACCGGCCGUGAGUUCGACGACCUCAGCCCCGAGCAGCAGCGCCAGGCCUGCCGCACGGCCCGCUGCUUCGCCCGGGUGGAGCCGGCACACAAGUCCCGCAUCGUGGAGAACCUGCAGUCCUUUAACGAGAUCACAGCCAUGACUGGAGAUGGGGUGAAUGAUGCCCCUGCCCUGAAGAAAGCCGAGAUUGGCAUUGCCAUGGGCUCGGGCACUGCUGUGGCCAAAUCGGCCUCAGAGAUGGUGCUCUCCGAUGACAACUUUGCCUCCAUCGUGGCUGCCGUGGAGGAGGGCCGGGCCAUCUACAGCAACAUGAAGCAGUUCAUCCGCUACCUCAUCUCGUCCAAUGUUGGCGAGGUUGUCUGCAUUUUCCUCACGGCAAUUGUGGGUCUGCCUGAAGCCUUGAUCCCUGUGCAGCUGCUCUGGGUGAACCUGGUGACAGACGGCUUACCUGCCACGGCCCUGGGCUUCAACCCUCCAGACCUGGACAUCAUGGAGAAGCUGCCCCGGAACCCUCGCGAGGCCCUCAUCAGUGGCUGGCUCUUCUUCCGAUACUUGGCUAUUGGAGUGUACGUCGGCCUGGCCACAGUGGCUGCUGCCACCUGGUGGUUCCUGUACGAUGCAGAGGGCCCUCACCUCACCUUCUACCAGCUGAGGAACUUCCUGAAGUGUUCCAGCGACAACCCGCUGUUUGCCGGCAUCGACUGUGAGGUCUUCGAGUCCCGCUACCCCACUACCAUGGCCUUGUCCGUGCUGGUGACCAUUGAAAUGUGCAACGCUCUCAACAGCGUCUCGGAGAACCAGUCACUGCUGCGGAUGCCACCGUGGCUCAACCCCUGGCUGCUGGCGGCCGUGGCCAUGUCCAUGGCACUGCACUUCCUCAUCCUGCUGGUGCCACCCCUGCCUCUCAUUUUCCAGGUGACCUCCCUGAGUGGGUACCAGUGGGUGGUGGUGCUCCAGAUCUCUCUGCCUGUCAUCCUGCUGGACGAGGCCUUCAAGUACCUGUCACGGAACUACCUGGAAGAGGAAAAGAAGCAGAAGUAAGCGCAGGGCCGCGUGGGUGCACCUGCUCCACCCGCCGCCUCUGCUUGCCCGCUCCUCACCCGGCCACGCUGAGCUCCAGACGGCCACCCCCAGCCUCGGCGUCUGGAGCCCCACUUCCGUCCAUCCGGGGGUGUGCUGCGUGGGGGGGCUCCCCGGGAGACUUGGCCCCUGAAGUUCUGGCCCGGGAGCCCCGGCCCGGAGCUGAGCGACCGACCCAGAAGCCAGCAGCGACGGAGGUGCGGGCAGCGCCCAGCCUGCAUGCCCAGAGCACAUUCCAGGGCCAGGCUGUUCCCCCCGGGGACUGGCGUCACUGCCCUGACGGGGACUCGCAGGGGCCCCCCCGCAGCCUCUCUCGGGGCUCCUCCCAGGGUGCUCCGGACAUCUGGGCCCAGCUGUGCAGCAGGCCCGCCAGCACGCUCCCCUCCACGCUGUUUCCACAGAGUCGGCCUGUUCCUGUUUAUACGGGGUUGGGGGGUGGGGGGUGUGGAAGGUCAGAGAGGGACACGGGAGGAGGACAGGGUCUGCGAGAGGAGACGGCCUGCCUGCCCGACUCAGGGACCCGGUCUCUGCGUUCCACCCGCCUGCCAGACAGAGCUUGGGCUUGCCCUGAGGCCCUGCUCACACCUCCUUCCCCCCCAGCCCUGCUCCCCCUGCCCCCCGGGAGGCCACAUCAGGGUCCCUGUGUCAGGGGCCAGUCAAUGCUGAGUCCUGCGGACCACGGGCCUCCCACUACCCCCCUCCACUGUGACAAAAGGAAGUGAUAAAGGAUGGCUGACGUCAUGGAAGGAGCCGUUGGUCUCCUGCCCUCCUCCGGCGGGGACGCGUGUCCAUGUGGCUCGUGUCAGGGGACAGGAAAAGCGCUUGUCGUGAGUAGGAAUGUUCCCUUAACUCAGCUUUUGCCUCUUUGGCAAAAAAACUAGUGUAGAAGAAAGCGGUGAAUAAGUGAGCCCCCCCUCCUGGCCUCACCUAGAGACUGACCGGUGACGGUUUUCUACGUCAGUCGAGACUUGCGUCCCAGUCCUGGUCCCCACAACCCAAAGCCCCAGAACUGCCUGUCAACAAAUAAACUCCCCAUUCAUUGUGGCCCCUCCCACCCAUAGAAGGUUCCAGAGGAUUGGUGGAGACUGUUUCUUUCCUGCUGGGGAAGGGGGUGGAGGUGGGGAGGGGUCCUUAGGGCUGGACCCCGUGCACACCUGCCGACAUGCAGCCUGGUAGAGAAAUAAAGGUUGAG